CGGAAACAUCGUUGAACAGACGUCGAACAUGCCCGUUCAAACGCUUCGGAUAGUUGACUCUGAUCCAGAAGCGUCUCUUAAUCCAAGAGCAAUUUGGAAACACUGGAAAGAGAGGGUCUUGUGGGACCAUAGGACAUAUUAUGCAUUACUGGAAUUUAUCGCUGGACUUGUUUUGAUUCUAGGACUGACUCAAUAUCCGCCCUUCUAUCAGGACAAUGGUUUGAACAUCAUGCAAAGACUCGUUGAGCCUUUGUUGGUUCUUCUGGGCAUUGUACCCAUACAUUGGUAUAGCAACCAACGGAACUCAAAUCACGCUUUGACAAAAUCUGCCAAGUCGUCGCGUUUUUCUCACCUUCUGAAUGCACCAACCGACGCUGGGGCCGUUGCGAAGAUGAAGUUAAAACAAAUAUCAACUUACUCCUUUGGUUGGCUGUUGCAAUAUGUGAGGGCCUGCCCGACCUCUUGUUCUGUUGCUCAUAUCUGUCUACAAGUGGUUGCAUCCUUGUAUGUGGUGUACAAUGUGGCGCGCAAUCCAAUAAAAGACCCACUGCUUGCCGAGCUUCCGUCGCCGAUCGAUAUAGAGGAUGAAGCGACCUUUGCGUGGGCGGGGAUCAAUGUGGCAGAUGGGAUUGAAGAUGAUUCGAUAGAGCCGGAGGGUCAGGUCAGGUUAUGACCCUCUCAGCCGAGUACAGACAUUUGUGAGCUUUCUAUCGCUUGUAUACCCAUCGAUGUAAAUAUUAGGAUGACACACAUUCCAACGGCUUAGAUCCCUGUAAGCUAUGAGCCUCGAUGACCCUGUCGCUGGACAAGUGCUCUGGGUGGAAGUUGACGUCAAUUCUGAUUCGCACUGACUUCACUCAAAAUUAUGAUGACCUGGUCGUGUAAAUGGCUCGCGCAUCUUCAAACCCGACUAUACAUGGGGUUCUGUUACAAGUAAACUAUGGACGAAGUUUGUCGUAUAACUGGAAGGCGGCCCGGUCACGGUCCCCUUCAAACCUUGGACAGCCAUCAUCGCGAGAAGACCACAAAACGCAGUGUUCAUCAUGAUGGCAACUCGUCUAUCCUCGAUAGCAGCUGCUGAUUUUUGAUGCCCACGUAAGUAAUUUGUCUUCUAGCAAAAAUUUUCAAGCGAACCAUUAUCACAUUGCUCUUUCCACAUCUCAAGUUAUCAUAGCCUUGUUGCCCUACUGCAACUCCCUCUCAUUGUCUCAAGUCAAAUUAUUGCCUUCAGCGUGUCCAGGGAUGCCUUUGUUGCAUCAUAUAGCAUUUGCAUCAAUUUCUGGUAGUCUCCGUCUCGGUUCGCUC